AUGCUGACCCACAGCCAUUGCAUGUACAGGUCAACUCUUUUGACCAGUCCGCAAAAACGUCAUGAUGAUUCAUCUUUCUUUCUAAAUUUUUUCUUUUCCCCCACUCCACUCUCUUUUCCAUUUUUUUUCUUUUAUAUUUUGCUUCUUGAACUGGGGAAACAGAAGCCAUCUUUCUCACUUGUCCCUCUACUUUCCAUUUUCUCUUUCUUCUUUUACUCAUUCCUUUCAGUUAUUGCUGGAAUUGUCUCUCUUUUCUUUUUCACAUUUGUACAUCUUAUAUUAUUUUUCCUCUUCAAUCUUGCUCUCACUUCCACACAUUUUUUGUAUUUUAUCAUUUCUUUACUUUUUCUUUCUCCUUUUACUUUCCCAUUUCUAUUCUUCUUUUUUUUUUUUAAAUUUACCACUUAUCAUCUUUACUAUCUAUACAUAGUUCUUUUUUCUUUCUUUUUCACAUCACCACUUUUCUUCUCUUUCUUCUUCUUCUUCUUCCACUUUCCCAUUUCUAUCCUAUCCUUUCUUUUUUUACUUUACUACUUCUCAUCUUCUUCUUCAUCUCUAUAUUUCUUCUUUCUUUCUUUUUUAUUUUACCACGUCUUCUUCUUUUCCAUCUCUUUCUUUCUUUCUUUCUUUUUUCUUCUUCUUCUUCUUAUCAUCAGCACUAUCUUUUGUUCUUUCUUUAUUCUUUUCAAACUGCCCCCACCUCUCCUACUUUUCUUUAUAUAUCUUUUUUCUUCUCCUGAUUUUAUUUUACUUGACACACACACACACACACUGUCUUUCUCUUUCUGUCUGUUACUAUCUAUCCAUCUAUCCUCUGUUUCUAUCUAUCUAUCUAUUUCUAUCUAUCUAUCUAUCUAUCUAUCUAUCUAUCUAUCUACAGCCUUUCUUUCUAAUUACAGUCUGUUUCUUUCUAUCUAUAGUCUGUUUCUAUCUAUCUACAUCUGUUUCUAUCUAUCUAUCCUGUUUCUUUCUAUCUCUCUAUAUAUCAGUCUGCUUCUAUGUAUCUAUCUAUAUACAGUCUGCUUCUGCCUAUCUAUAUACAGACUGUUUCUAUCUUUAUACAUUCUUGAUUUCUAUCUAUCUAUCUAUCUAUCUAUUUCAGUGCUUCACUGUCUUCUUUCUCAAUAUUUCCCUAUCUCUCACCUUUCAUUCUACUUUGUUCAGCAGGCUCUCUCCUUUUCACUUUUCAUUCUGUAA